GAACAAGUUGUUCGUACGGUCCGUGAAGGCACCACCAAACCCGGCGCACUUCAACGGUUCGAAAACUUUACAUUCAGGCAGACGGUCAGUGUGCCGAGCGGCUGCGUGACCGACCGGCCGCAGCAGAGACCAUCAACGCGGUUACUGACCCGGCGGCUGUCACCGAGAAAAGAAAAAAAAAAACUUUAUACCUUUUACGUUCAAUUUAAUGAACGGGCAGGUCGGUGUUAUCGUUCACGGGACUGAAGCGGUUUAUAUUCCACUAACUUAUUGUUAGCAACCGAGAAGUUUGCUAGCUUAUCGCUAGCUUGCGGGGACUGAGCAGAGCCGCGUCGGUCUGUCUUUGGUGACUCGUUGACGGCAACUUGAAAAGUUAGCCCCCAAAAAGCUGAAACCUCUUCGAUCACACGUAUUUACAGAACACGAAUUCCACUUUAUAGUCGGAGGAAAUCCCGCCCAGACGAGCUAAACCCUGGCCGUUACCUGUCUAAAGAGCUGAAUGGCCUCCGCUGUGGCAGUGAAAACCGAGAAGCGACCUGCAGCCGAUUCCCAGGAUGCAGAUUCAAAUGCCAAGAAGCCCAGGAAACUGCUGCCCAGCCUGAAGACCAAGCGAGCCCCCGAGCUCGUCCUGGUGAUCGGCACGGGGGUGAGCUCGGCGGUGGCUCCGCAGGUCCCAGCGCUGCGCUCCUGGAAAGGCCUCAUCCAGGCCUUGCUCGACGCUGCCAACGACUUUGACCUGCUGGAGGAAGAGGAAAGCCGGAGAUUCCAGAAGCACAUGCAGGAAGACAAGAAUUUGGUGCAUGUGGCGCAUGACCUCAUUCAGAAACUUUCCCCGAGGACGGGAAACGUGCGCUCCACGUUUUUCAAAGACUGCCUCUACGAGGUCUUUGACGACCUGGAGUGCAAGAUGGAGCACGCGGGAAAGCACCUGCUGCGCUCCGUGCUGCAGCUGAUGGAGAGCGGAGCCCUCGUCCUCACCACCAACUUCGACAACCUGCUGGAGAUCUACGCGGCGCACCAGGACACCAAGCUGGAGUCUCUGGACCUGACGGACGAGAAGAAGGUGUUGGAGUGGGCUCAGGAGAAGCGCAGGUUAAGUGUUCUGCACAUUCACGGUGUUUACACAAACCCCAGUGGGAUCGUACUGCACCCUGCUGGAUACCAGAAUGUCCUAAGGAACACUGAAGUUAUGCGGGAGAUCCAAAAGCUGUACGAGACCAAGUCCUUUGUGUUCCUGGGCUGCGGGCGCACCGUCGACGACACCACCUUCCAGGCUCUGUUCCUGGAGGCGGUCAAGCACAAGUCGGACCUGGAGCACUUCAUGCUGGUGCGGCGGGAAGACGUGGGGGAGUUCAAGAAGCUGCGCGACAACAUGCUGGACAAGGGCAUCAAGGUCAUCUCCUAUGGAGACGAGUACGCAGACCUGCCCGAGUACUUUGAGAGGCUGGCCAACGAGAUCUGCAACCGGGACGUGUCCACCAACGGCUGGGGUUCUCCGUCCCAAAACGGAGAGGAACAGCAGAACGGCUUCAACUCCCAGAAAAACCUCUUACAAGGCUAGACCUGAAGAAUCUGCUUUCAUCAAACUCUGUAGAAACGACAAUCUGGUUUUUAAGAUGAAACCAAAACUCUCGUUCACUUUAAGUAAAAACUGAACUGCUGCUCUUCAGA